AACGGCGAUGGGUAUCCGUGACUCACGCUACGGUCCUGGCUUCGAUUACGACCGGUGCACGAAGGUCGGUAUAUCACGCGAAUAUACACCGUUCGAUGGCGAAACCUCUCAUUGACUCGUCGCUGCCACCCGCGUACGGGCGACGUGCGUGCGUGCGUACAUGUAUGUGUGAGAUAAAAGGAGUAACACGUGUGUGCGUUCUCAGUAGAUCCAGAAGUGCUCUCGCGAUACGCGAGUUGUGUCGAGAUAAUCCUUGACACGAGCGCGCCCGUCGUCCCGAUAAACCGUUACCGUUGCCGCCGCCGUGUUAUCUCUCGUGCGGACAGAACACUCCCGUGAACGACUUCGCCGUCGGAGGCACGCACCAAAAUGGCCGAGACGGAGAAUAUUUUCCUGUUCGUGCCAAAUGUCAUCGGUUUUACCAGAGUGAUCCUGGCGUUAAUUUCCUUUUACUUCAUGCCCACCCACUAUGUGAUCGCCACAACGUGUUACGUGGUCAGUUCUCUGUUGGACGCGAUAGACGGUCAUGCAGCGAGGUAUUACGAUCAAUGCACAAAAUUCGGUGCGAUCUUGGAUCAGCUGACGGAUAGAGUCGGCACGAUGUGCCUUAUGGUGACGUUGUGCCUGUUUUAUCCCACCUACACCUUCUGGUUUCAACUGAGCAUGGCUAUCGAUAUAGCUUGCCACUGGAUAUAUUUGCACACGACCCUCUUGCAAGGAAAAACCAGUCACAAGUUCAUCGACAUGUCUGAAAAUCCCAUCAUGAGACUGUACUACACAAAUCGUAUGGUGUUAUUUUUCAUGUGCGCCGGCAACGAAGCGUUUUAUGCCUGCCUGUACUUGCUGCAUUUUACCGAAGGACCCAUUUUGGCUGGUAUAGGUUUGUACAGGCUGCUCGUAUACCUAAGCGCUCCAGUGGCGCUGAUCAAGGCAGCUAUUUCUCUGUUACAUGGAUAUGUGUCGUGUAUUAAUCUUGGCAUCAUUGACGUGAAAGAACGCCAAGAGCGACUUAAAAUGAAUUAAACCUCUAAGUAUAUACAUUAUCUACUAGUUAGACUGAAUGUUGUGAUCUACAGAUCUUCCUAUUCCAUAAGCCGACAUGUGUAUGUAUAAGGUAUUUCCAAGUAUAUUUUUGGAGAGCAGAGUAGACGGUUAAAGAUGCAUGGUCAGGAUGUUUCUAUUUUAUUCAAUCGAUACUUAACAUCUAGCAGACUAUCUUUCCUCGAUAUAAUCCAAAGACUAUG